UGUGGAGGAUCAUCUGUCUGUGUGGAGAGUGGGUUUUUGUGCUUCCAGGGACCUGGCUGAAGCUGUCCGUCUCUCCUCCCAGGAUUACAACGAGAAACCCGUCAUGCCUGUGGGAAGACCUGCCACCACGGCCAAGCGGACAAAGCUCUCCAAGAUCAUAACCGAUUUAUCACACAUCGCUCAGGAUGAGUACGAGUCGGAGCCAGAGGCUUCGGAGUUUGACCUGGGUACAAAGAUCAGGACUCCCAAAGACAUCAUGCUGGAGGAGCUUUCCCUGAUGAAGAACAGAGGCUCCAAGAUGUUCAGGAUGAGGCAGAAGAGAGUGGAGAGGUUCAUCUACGAGAACAACCCCGACAUCUUCUGCAGUGAGACGAUGGACAACCUCCAGAAGUUUGUCCCCUCUCUGGGAGCCCAGAUGGGAGGUGACAUGAUAAAUGUUGGUGGGCAUUUCGUCAGCAAACAGGUUGGACUGCAGCAUUUCGGAGGGGUAGGUGCCGGGGGAGGGGCCCCCGUGCCUCCUCCGAAGCCUGGGAGCAAAAGUGCGGGAGCGGGAGAUGCAGGAGGACUGGGUGCGGGCGACCAUGGCAACGGUGAACAGGGAGAAGGAGCUAGUGAGUGGACCCCACUGAAAGGAGGUGGAAGUGAUGACGCCUCCAGGAAGCUGCUUCUCAUGAAGACAUACAAGUCGCCCUGGGAGAAGGCCAUGAAGGGCGAUGAAACACUCAUCGCCACCAUGAAAGGAGGAAUGCCUGAUUUCAGCGACAAAAACGAUGCGCUGAAGUACAAAUGCUUCAACAGGUCUGCCAUGCCCUACGGUGGCUUCGACAAGGCCAGCCAGUUCAUGAAAUUCCAGAUGCCAAAUAGCGAGGGCAAAGAGGAGCCUGAACCUGCUGUGGUGUACCAACACGACAUCGGCUGCCGGCCUUCCUUUAACCGCACUCCUAUUGGCUGGGUGUGCAGCGGUGAGCCCGGCACCAUCAAUAUGGAAACAGAAGCUGUGGCCUAUGAUGGAGAGACUGACGAGCUGUGAAGAAAAUACCCAGAAUGUCAUUACACACACUGUGCACACGCAUGCAUACACACAAACACACACACACACAUGCGGUAGAUGAGCUUAGAGUUAACUGUUCUGUUGAUAAAUUUGAAUUUCUGGAUAACUGAAAGCGUAGAAGAAAUGAGGACAUGUUCUUGUGUUGUCAGGUUGGGAAACGAGCAGUUAGAUGCUGAUGGGGGACGAAAACAUCAAAAAGUUUUGUUCAAGAGUUGAGUCCAAACACGGAACUUGUCAGAAAAGUCAAUGAGGAAAGAAUGAAUCAAGUAUGAGGGAUACAUUUAUGCAAUGUUACAGUUGGGACAAUGUCUUGAUGUCAAACUGUUACCGCAUUUAUUUUCUAGUGCAUUUUUGCUGUUAAUAUUCUGUUUAUUUGUUCAGUAAAAAAAAAAAACUACAAGCCUGUCUGAUUCAUUAUGCAUGCAAAGAGUCAGUUACUAAUCCAUUAACUUACUGUGAAAACACAGUUUCUAAACCAUAAGCCCUUUCAAACUGUAACAGUCAUCUUGUUAAGUGAUUAAACUGUCAAGGGAAAUCA